UUCUUCUCCUUUCUUCUCCUUUAUGUAUGCCCAAUCCCAGUACCCAAAUUCGAUCCGAAAUCGGCCUCCAGAGGUAACGAAUUGGAUUCCGACGCCGAUUCGAAACGAAUCCCUUCCAAUUACACGAUACAGCCGAUCCGCAAAGGCUCGGUAUCCUCAUCGAAGCGCAAUCGCAACGAGAUUGAUGGGGAUUUGGUGAGGAGAUAUCAGAAAUCGAGAAUUGAGGAGAAGAAAUCGGUUUCCACGCCGCCUGGUGGGGGUGGGUUGGGGUGUAAUGCGGUCGACCUGAACGAGCCUAUGGCGGAGGCAAAGGCGACGACGGCCGAUCCACGAGGUCCAGCUUCGAUGCCCGAAAACGAGAUGCUCGCGAGCUUCGUCCGGUCGUUGGAGCUAAGGACGUUGUUGAACACCAUUAAGCACCUCUCCGAUUGCCAGGACCCGCAAGAGAGAGGAAUCCUCCAGGGACUCGCCAACCAGCUCCGCCGCCAAGUGGGAAUGAAAAGGGCGAUAAGGGUUCCAACUUCCAAGGAUAUGGCUUCGUGCUCUCGAAGAGAAUUUGGAGGAAAAGUGAGAAUGCGAAGAAGGUGGAUGAGAGAGAGGAUGUGGAUUAGAGAAGGGGAUGAAAAAAGAGUUGAUUUCUGGGCUAAUUAUCCAAAUAUUAAUGCGUCUUGUGGUAACAUGAAGGCGAACAUCCCAUCCCUCGUUGCUCUCGUGGCUGGGAUGAGUUUGUUGAAGGAGAGGUUGAGUUUGAUUGGGAAUGUGAAGGUCAAGGAGUUGGAUGAUAAAUGGAAGCAGUUGUUUGUGGAGGAGAGUAAGCUGAGUUGCAUGAUUUUGAUGUUGAUGAAGGAACAUUGUUCAAAUGGCUUUGGAUCAGUAAUAUGGUUGGAAAUGGCUAAGUUGGUACAGUUUUUGUGCUUGAAUUUAUACCUUUUUGAAGUUGAAUGUGAUGCUUUGUUUUGAUUA